UCACUGGGCGCAGUGUUUAUAUAUAGAGCGACCGGCACAGUUUUCCCGCAGUAGAACAGCUAGCAGCAGCGGUAUAAACGGCAUCAGUAUAAACGGCAGCGGUAUAAACAGCAGAAAAAGAAGUAUUUUUCGCGGUGUGUUUUGUUCAUCGAAGUAUAAAAAUGCAGAUCUUUGUGAAAACCCUUACUGGCAAGACCAUCACCCUUGAGGUUGAGCCAAGUGACACCAUCGAGAAUGUCAAGGCCAAGAUCCAGGACAAAGAAGGCAUUCCCCCAGACCAGCAGAGGCUGAUCUUUGCUGGAAAACAGCUGGAAGAUGGCCGCACCCUGUCUGACUACAACAUCCAAAAGGAGUCCACCCUCCACCUGGUGCUCCGCCUGAGGGGUGGCAUGCAGAUCUUUGUGAAAACCCUUACUGGCAAGACCAUCACCCUCGAGGUUGAACCAAGUGACACCAUCGAGAAUGUCAAGGCCAAGAUCCAGGACAAAGAAGGCAUUCCCCCAGACCAGCAGAGGCUGAUCUUCGCUGGAAAACAGCUGGAAGAUGGCCGCACCCUGUCUGACUACAAUAUCCAAAAGGAGUCCACCCUCCACCUGGUCCUCCGCCUCCGGGGUGGCAUGCAGAUCUUUGUGAAAACCCUUACUGGCAAGACCAUCACCCUUGAGGUUGAACCAAGUGACACCAUCGAGAAUGUCAAGGCCAAGAUCCAGGACAAAGAAGGCAUUCCCCCAGACCAGCAGAGGCUGAUCUUUGCUGGAAAACAGCUGGAAGAUGGCCGCACCCUGUCUGACUACAACAUCCAAAAGGAGUCCACCCUCCACCUGGUGCUCCGCCUGAGGGGUGGCAUGCAGAUCUUUGUGAAAACCCUUACUGGCAAGACCAUCACCCUCGAGGUUGAACCAAGUGACACCAUCGAGAAUGUCAAGGCCAAGAUCCAGGACAAAGAAGGCAUUCCCCCAGACCAGCAGAGGCUGAUCUUCGCUGGAAAACAGCUGGAAGAUGGCCGCACCCUGUCUGACUACAAUAUCCAAAAGGAGUCCACCCUCCACCUGGUCCUCCGCCUCCGGGGUGGCAUGCAGAUCUUUGUGAAAACCCUUACUGGCAAGACCAUCACCCUCGAGGUUGAACCAAGUGACACCAUCGAGAAUGUCAAGGCCAAGAUCCAGGACAAAGAAGGCAUUCCCCCAGACCAGCAGAGGCUGAUCUUUGCUGGAAAACAGCUGGAAGAUGGCCGCACCCUGUCUGACUACAACAUCCAAAAGGAGUCCACCCUCCACCUGGUCCUCCGCCUCCGGGGUGGCAUGCAGAUCUUUGUGAAAACCCUUACUGGCAAGACCAUCACCCUCGAGGUUGAACCAAGUGACACCAUCGAGAAUGUCAAGGCCAAGAUCCAGGACAAAGAAGGCAUUCCCCCAGACCAGCAGAGGCUGAUCUUUGCUGGAAAACAGCUGGAAGAUGGCCGCACCCUGUCUGACUACAACAUCCAAAAGGAGUCCACCCUCCACCUGGUCCUCCGCCUCAGGGGUGGCAUGCAGAUCUUUGUGAAAACCCUUACUGGCAAGACCAUCACCCUCGAGGUUGAACCAAGUGACACCAUCGAGAAUGUCAAGGCCAAGAUCCAGGACAAAGAAGGCAUUCCCCCAGACCAGCAGAGGCUGAUCUUUGCUGGAAAACAGCUGGAAGAUGGCCGCACGCUGUCUGACUACAAUAUCCAAAAGGAGUCCACCCUCCACCUGGUGCUCCGCCUGAGGGGUGGCAUGCAGAUCUUUGUGAAAACCCUUACUGGCAAGACCAUCACCCUCGAGGUUGAACCAAGUGACACCAUCGAGAAUGUCAAGGCCAAGAUCCAGGACAAAGAAGGCAUUCCCCCAGACCAGCAGAGGCUGAUCUUUGCUGGAAAACAGCUGGAAGAUGGCCGCACCCUGUCUGACUACAACAUCCAAAAGGAGUCCACCCUCCACCUGGUCCUCCGCCUCAGGGAUCGAAAGAGCUCAUAGAUCUCUCGGCUCUGCCUCGGGAGCAAACCGCGCUCAACGAAGUGUUCUGGACCGCUUCUUACCUUAUGCGGAUAAGGAGAUAAUACUGAAAGCAGCACGGAAAAAAACGCAACAUCAGCCAUGAAGGGUCGCAGCUGGGUUUCUUUCAGGACGUUUCUACUGAGGCGGGAGUCGGGACGUCGGAAACGUCGGGAGUUCGACGAUGUCAGGAGACCCGUGAGGCUUCGCUUAUCCUGCUAAACUUCGCUUUUUUCCUCUCAGCGGACGUCACGGAGUUUCUUAAGGCUUUAGAGCAGGGGUGUCAAACUCCAAGUCACAGUGGGUCAAAAUAUAAAACAGAGAUAAAGUCACAGGGCAAACUGAAUAUUUAUUGAAAAAUUAACUGCAACGGAUAUGUAAUGUUCAACCUUUUUCAUAUGGAAACAAACUUUAGUUUUGCUUAAAUACAGGAUUUGGAACAACCAGAGCUUGAUGUUACAAACACAUAAGAAAUUAAAUUUGAAAUAAAAGACACAUCAGAGGUGUUCAUUUCACAAACUUUGACCAUACACUUUUUGACAAACUCCCUCAUUAAAGGGCCGGGCAGAUUUUGCUGUAUCUAAGCUGAAACUUGUUUCUCAGCACACUCUAGUAGCCUAUCUUACUGUAUUGACUUUUAGUAACCCAAGGAUUUCUUGGGUUCUGUAUGUUUUUUGUGUUUUGAAAUGCAAAAACUUCCUUGGUCGGUUCUACACAUGUUUCAGAUUUAAUACUUUUGGAUAUUCUAUGACUAUGCACAAUACAGCCAGGUUUGUCACAUGGAAUGUUAAAGGGUUAGGACAUGUGAUUAAGAGGAGAAAGAUACUAACCUAUCUUAAAAAGCAGAAAACUACAAUUGCCAUGCUUCAAGAGACACAUUUAUCCGAUUCGGAACAUUUAAAACUAAAACAAGAUUGGGUAGUGCGGAUAUUUUUUUUUAACCUGUACAGCAAAUUCCUGGAAGAGGGGCACAAUUAUUUUAAUUAGUAAACACUUUGUCUUUAUUUUAGAUCAACAGAUUAACGACCCGGAUGGAAGAUAUGUUUUAAUUACAGGUAAAGCAUAUGGUCAACCUAUUGUCAUACUGAAUGUUUAUGCUCUGAAUGAAGACUCCCUUGAAUUCAUGUCUAAAACCAUACUUUUGUGCACUGUAAGGGCUUGGGAGUUUGCGCCGGGGAUUUUAACUGUGUUAUGGACCAAAAAAUGGAUAAGUCUACUUUAGACUCAGCCACUAAUCUUAGAUCGUUCCUGGUCAUUAGAGAACUUUGCAAUGAGUCUGGCAUUAUCGAUGUCUGGAGAGAAUUUAACAGGGGGAGUAAAGAGUACACUUUUUACUCUAACCCCCACAGAUCCUAUUCAGGAUUAGACUACAUUCUGCUUCAUACCCAAUAUCUUCACUUUAUUUAGAGAUUUCUACAAAACGUUAUAUAAAUCGCAAGUCACGGCUAAACAAUUUGAUAUUACCAUUUUUUUAGACGGAAUCCCUCUUAUGACUAUUUCUGAAGAUGAUAGAGUAUUUUUGGAUUCACCCCUGCCACCGGAAGAAAUCUUCAGUGCAAUCCAAUCUAUGCCCUCUAACUAAUCUCCAGACCCUGAGUUUUACAAAAAGUUUUGGCCAGAACUCUCUCCUAUCUUAAUGCCCGGUCUCCAAGAUUUACUAGACCAUGGAGUGGCCCCCAAGUCGAAAAAAAAAAGUACCCAGAUCCACCAUGAGCUAGUUUUCUGGUUGAAUUGUGCCACCUGCUGUUUGCUCUUAUUCGGUGCAUUUAUUUUGCCUUCAUGUCCUGUCAGAAUUUGAGCUGCUGGCAUAAAAGUGGAGCAUGAACAAAAAUUUCAUGGGAAUUUAGCGGGAACUUCAGAAACUACUUUAAUACCCAGAGGUUUCCAACUUGAAACUGAACUGUGGCCUCUUGUUAUAAUGUAAGAAAUGAUCAUUUUAAUGAUUAUAAAUAAAUAAAACUUUAUUUAAGUAGCCUUCGA